AUGACUCGUGAAAAGCUCGCAAAGAUAUUUACAUCUCGUUUUGCCGCCUCUUCUGAUGAUUUAUCCCAUCGGCGCCAAAUGAUCGUUUCCAUGCGAGAAAGGGAUGCACCGGCAGAAGAUGAGCCACGACAAUAUCGGGUAGUUGGUUCAAGCCUUCUUAAAAAAUUGCUGAAGGAGAACGAUAUUUCGUGCAAGCUACCCUUCAUUCCCAUUCCCGUGCCUGAGCCCAUCAAAUGCGACGCUAGCGAGGCCUCUGAAGCUCUGCGAAAAUUCGAUGAGAUCAGUGAAGCUGGCGAUCCUGCACCCGUUCAUCUCUCUGCAAGUGUUGCCAGAACGGAUUGUUCACUUGCGGAACUUCGUAAGUAUGCAAACGAGCAAAGCAUUGAAGAUUCGCUCGUAUUUAUGGAUGCAGUUCUCGAGAAGGGCACAACUCUGUCCCACGUGAGUGCAUUAUUCGUUUAA